AUGAGCAAUUUAAAAAAGGAGGAAACCUGUCAGAAUGGCGAAAAGGAAGUAACUGAACAAACGGUAGCCUUGACGAAUGAGAAAAGCACCAGCGAAUCGAUUCCGAAGAAAAAAGUUACAAAGAAAGUCAGUUUCCUACUUGAUGAGGAUGGGGCAAAUGCGAAAAAGGAAGACGUAAAAAUGGAUGGCGGUUCUUUGGAGGGGCACCAAAAUGGGGAUGUUUACCACGCAGGCACGGACGAGGGGAAGCACAGCAACGGUCAGCACAGUAACGGUCAGAAACGUGACGAUGAGCAACGUGACGACCAGCAACGUGACGACCAGAAGCGUGACGGUCAGAAGAGUGACUGCAAGGAGAACGACCGCAAGGAGAACGACUUUGUGAAAAUCAGUUGGGCCAAGUGCAGCAGCGACGGUGAACGAAACGGUGACGAAUGCUGGGGGAAAGAAAAAGACAACCCUAACGGCAGUUCAUGCAACGAAAACGAGCACAAGCUCUUCUCCAGCGAGGACAACCAGCCACAGGAGACCCAGCACAAGAUGUUCGCCCCCCAGGAAAAUCAACACAAGCUGUUCGCCUCGCGCAGCAAAGAGAACGAAUACAAAGACAAGGAGAAAGAGCCAUCGUAUGUUAAAUUCGACAAGCGUGAGUGCGCGAAGAAUGAGCAGAACUCCAUGUUUUUGAAGGACCAACUGGAGGGGGGUGAGACUGACGAGAUGGCUGCUAAUAAAAAGAACGGCGAAGGGGGGGAAAAAGCGGAAACGAAAAUUAAAACGGAGGCCAAAAUAGAAGUUAAAACGGAACGCACAGACUUCGAAAAGUCGUACAACGAGAGUCUAAAUAAUUUCCGUGCGUCUUCCUUCGUCGACAUUCUGAACUCCAUGCAGGUGGCUGGAAAAGGGGGAAACGGCGGGCCAAAUGGGGAAGCUCCAAUUGGGCUGAUACCAAAUGAGAAUAUCCCCAAUGGGAAUGCACCCCAUGAUUACCGCCCCUCAGCUAACGGGAAGGACUACGAAAACGUGGACUACGCAGAGAACCAACAAAAUGACAACAUACAGCUGAUUGCGUGCAUCCUGUGCGGAGACAGCAUAAAGGCGAACGCAUCCAAAAUGUGCAACAACUGCAUUUUGCAAAACGUAGAAAGUAGUAGCGUCAACAUAAAUAAGGACACCUACCUGAUAUACUACUGCCGCGAAUGCAAGAGGUACCUGCACAACAGGUGGGUAUAUUGCGAAUUGGAGAGCAAAGAAUUACUAGCCCUAUGCUUAAAAAAAGUGAAUAAAUUGAAAAAACUAAAAAUAUUGGAUGCAAAAUUCUUAUAUACAGAACCGCACAGCAAAAGAAUCAAAAUCCACCUCAGCGUACAAGAAGAAUUAAUCAACAAUUUCAUCAGUGAGAUGGAGUUAAUUUUACAUUACGUAAUAAAAUAUACCCAAUGUGAUGACUGCAAGAAGACGUAUACACCCUACACAUACAACACUUGCGUAUCGGUUAGGCAAAAAGUUGAACAUAAAAAAACACUCCUGUUUUUGGAAAGCUUACUAUUAAAAUAUAAUAUGAACGAAAAUAUUAUUAACAUAGUGUCCAACCCGGAUGGCUUAGACUUCCAUUUUUUGUCACGAACAGAUGCCCUUAAAUUCUGCGACUUCAUAUUAAGCAAGACCAUGUCAAAAUGUAAAAACUCGAAACAUUUGAUAAACCACGAUGCGAAUAAUAACACGUACAAUUAUUUAUACUCUUUUUCUAUCGAUAUUUGUCCCAUAUGUAAAUACGAUUUGAUUUUUUUCCCGAAAGAUUUAUCCAUCAAGUAUGGAAUCAAGAGCUCCUUCUACCUUUGCCUGCACGUUUCCAUAUUCAUCAUAUUGAUUAAUCCUUUUUGUUCUUCUAACUCUGCUCAUAUAUCUCAAGAGAGGUACAACAAGCACCCCUUCCUUCCCCUCCUGAGCAAGGCAGACUCCAAAGUUUUUCUAAUACUCAACGUGGAGUACAUCGAUAACGACCCGUAUUCCAAGAAUGAGAGGAGAGGUGGUGCCUUCUCUACCAGUGCCGCCCCAUCCAAUGACAGGUGUUAUGACUCCAUUGGAGACACUGCGCAAGAGGAUGAUGCAUCCCUGAAUGGACGCCAAAAGGGAGCGUCAAACCGGUCGAUCAGAGCCAAAGAUAAAAACGUUAACUUGAAGAGGAAAACGAAAAAUUCGAUCAGCUCAAACACCGUGGAGGAAGUCUCCUCCGAUGACCUCUUCCAAGUGAACGAAGAAAACGGCUCAAUCGCAGACUCAAAGAGUUGCAAAUCCUCCUCCAGAAAAGUAAAGCUAGACAAACUAGUCUACGCAUUCGUCGAGUUGUACGACGAAUCUGAGGGAAACACAAUACUCACCAAAACGUGUAACGCUAGGCAUUUAAAACCAGGAGAUUAUGUAAAUGCAUAUGACUUAAGAAAACACACCUUCGACAAUGACAUCAGCUUAUAUUUGGAGAAAGAGGACAACUACAGCAUAAUCAUUAUUGAUAAGGUGAAGCCAAAGGAGAGACAGAAAAUAGAAAACGAAUUACAAGUCCAGAAUAAUAAUAUAGAGACCAUGAAGAAUAUGAAUGAUGACGAUAUUUUUAAGUCCAUCCUUCUGAACAACUGUGCUGGUAUGGAAAAUAUGACCAUCCGUUGA